CACACACACACACACACAAAUUUAUGGGUCAUUACAUAUUUUAGAAGCUUGGUAUAUUCAUUUGCUUACUUCUCUUUGAAACAGUUUCUUCCAAGGCUGAAAACACUCAACCUCAGCCAUUCACAUAGCCUAACGACAACCCCUGACAUGUCAGGGCUCCCUAAGCUUGAGAGAUUAAUUCUUAAAGAUUGCAUAGACUUGGUUGAGGUUAAUGAGUCCAUUGGAGACUUAGAGAACCUUGUUCACUUGAACCUAAGAGACUGCAAAAAUCUGAUGAAGCUUCCAACAAGUAUUAGAAGUUUGGGAUCUCUUCAGGACCUCAUUCUUUCGGGUUGCUCAAAACUUGAGCUUCAUUCCAACACAAAUGCAACAAAUCAGGUAGACUCCACGGUUGGUGCUAUGAAGAAAUUCAAUCUGUUAUCAACUAAGUUAUGGCAAUCGAUCGAGUCGUGGAUAUUGCCAAGAAAAAAUCUUGUAUCUUUCUCAUUGGCAAGUUUACCACAUUCAUUAGAAAGGCUAAGUCUUGCUCACUGCAAUGUAGCAGAGAUUCCUGGUGAACUUGGUGCCCUAUCGUCAUUGAAGCAUUUGGAUCUAUCUGCAACCCCAAUUCUGAACCUACCAGGAAACAUGAAGGGUCUUACUAUGCUCCAGACUCUACUGGUAGAAGGUUGCGCAAAGCUCCAAACGCUUCCAGAGCUCCCAGCCAGUUUAAACUCACUGGAAGCAGGUCAUUGUACAUCAUUGAAAAAAGUAACAAAUUUACCAAACAUUUUCACAUCAAUGAGUAAAAAUCUUUGGGAUUGCAAUGAAUUAGUUGAAGUUGAAAGCUUGUUUGAAAUGAAACCAUUGAGAAAUGUUGACAUAGAAAUGAUUAAAAAUUUGGGAUUGUUCAAUUUGGAAUCCAACGAAACCUCUGAGGUCGAAAUGAUCAACUACUUGACAAAUACAACCAAGAAGUGCCGCCUUCAGGGAUUGAACGAAUGCGGCAUAUUUAGCAUCUUCCUUCAUGGGAACAAGAUUCCAGAUUGGUUCAGCUACAAGAGCUUGUGUAACUCCGUGUUGUCGAUUGUUGUACCUUCACAUCUUAAUCUCAAGAUCCGAGGCUUAAACACAUGCGUUUUAUACGCACGACGCCCCGAUCACAAGGAUGGUCCACAUGUUUUCAGUGAACACUUCGUUAAAGUGAGCAAUGAGACAAAGGGUCUUAUGUGGACGUACUCCCCUGUGGCAAUGGGCCUUCCCAGAGAAAACCAAGACAUGUUAUGGCUAAGCCACUGGGUUUUCGGGGACAAUGAACUGGAGAGCGGGGAUGAAAUACGCGUUUCAGUCAAGUCCGGUUUGUGGGCAAAGGAGUUCGGGAUCCAACUUGUGCAUGAAGAAGAAAAUAAGGGUGAGGAUGCUGGAUCAAAAAGUGAAGAUAUAAUAACACUUCCUUGGAACCAGAAUGUUGAUGUGCCAGUCUCAGUUUCAGCAUCAAUGUAUGCGAUGUGGAGGGGCAAAUACUUUCUAUGCAACCACAGGUAUCGAACUCAUCAAGCUCAAUUCAGAAGGUGCCAGGAGAAUCCAGCUUAUGGUGAUUUUUCAUACAAGCCAGGGGCCUCCUUUCAUUUGAACCGUUACUUGUUUAACCACGAGGUUGAUAUAGAAGAGCACAAAAUGCAGUAUGUUAGAAAAGCAUUGACUAAUUAAACCUAGGCCUUUGGCAAAUAAUUAAUAGGCUAGAUCAGUUGAAUCGAUAUCAGACACGACAGCAAAAGCAUUUGCCUCGGAAAUGGAUAAAUAAGUAUGUUCUGGACAAGCUUUA